AUGUCCGGUCCAUCAGUACAGGCUCAGUCAUGUCCGGUCCAUCCGGUACAGGCACAGUCAUGUCCGGUCACAGGCUCAGUCAUGUCCGGUCACAGGCUCAGUCAUGUCCGGCUACAGGCUCAGCCAUGUCCGGUCACAGGCUCAGUCAUGUCCGGUCACAGGCUCAGUCAUGUCCGGUCACAGGCUCAGUCAUGUCCGGUCACAGGCUCAGUCUUGUCCGGUCACAGGCUCAGUCAUGUCCGGUCACAGGCUCAGUCUUGUCCGGUCACAGGCUCAGUCAUGUCCGGUCACAGGCUCAGCCAUGUCCGGUCACAGGCUCAGUCAUGUCCGGUCACAGGCUCAGUCAUGUCCGGUCACAGGCUCAGUCAUGUCCGGUCACAGGCUCAGUCUUGUCCGGUCACAGGCUCAGUCAUGUCCAUCAGUACAGGCUCAGUCAUGUCCAUCAGCACAGGUUCAAUGUCCAGUGGAGGGACACACGAGACAAUGGGUCAAGCGAGAUCAAACGUGUGUCCAUAG